AUGACUGGGUUCUCAAAGGGGAAGCAGCCUACGAAGACGUUCAGGCCAUCGCAACUCAGAAAUAUGCAACAGGUACCUGACAGCGAUGCCGUGGUUCCCGAGAUGCAACUGGAAGCGCCCCACUCUCCUUAUGGACCUGAGUUCGAAGACGAGCUUGACGAUGAAACAUUGGCUACCAUCGAGAGGCUUGCUUUUAAGUCUUCAGCAAGCGUGAAAGCGUCUUCACAACCUUCCCUCGCGUUACCCCAGACCUUCGGCAUCGCCAAACCCGGUUCAGCACCGUGCGAAGUUCCGUUCUCCUUCGGGUUCGCCAAACGAACUACAAACAAGACUCCGAAGGAAGACGCACCAGCGCUACGACCGUCCAUCCACCCUGACACUGUCAUACCCUCCAUCGAGCCCGCUGAUAAUGGUGCACCCAAGCAGGAUGUUAGCACUACUUCUGCAGCAUCGCCCAAUCUUCCAUCGCCUACGAUCGAAGAACGUGUUGCCGUUGGGACAUCCGAAAAAGACGAGACUGCACAUGGGCAUGAUCAAUCACAAGAGUCCUCGCACAGGAACGGUGCAUUCGUCGACGGUCCGGACACUGAGCCAGUCAAGCCCGCACUCUCGGAAGAGAUCACUGAUAUUCAGACUACGCCACAACCUGCCGCACGGUCCGCUCCUACCGCAAAGAAGAAACACAACGGAACGAAAGCGAAGAAGGGCAAGAAAACGCUUCUUUCCCGACCCCUUGUGCCUUGGCCGCCUCGACACGACCCUCUACCUGACGACUCGAGCACACUAUCCACUGCUGGUUCAUCUACGAGUCAUGCAACAUCCGAACACCAAGCAGAAGCAAGCUGGCCAAUUCGCGAUGUCGAAGACCUAGCUGUCAAACCUCAGCCUGGUGGAGUUUGUGUGCCGAUAGACGGGCUUCGCGAUAUUGAGGAGUCGUCGAUCGCAGCUGAGACAGCAUUGCCGGACGGUACAACGGACAAGACUUUCGCCUCUUAUCAGCAUCAAGUCGUGGACCUGGGGCAUGUCGAGCAACCUGAAGCUACGCAGCACCACGUCCAUUUCAAUGCGGCAAUCCAAGAACCAAUCCAUAUUGCGGAUUCUCCGACCAUGCCAGAUGAUCCGUCGUCUUAUGCUUCAUGUGAAGGUCAUGGGCGCUUCUCGCAGAUGCAGCAAGCUUCAAAAGCCGAUAGAGAUACUCUAGGCGGCUCAAACUUGAUGCCGAGAUCCACUACGCCGUUUCCCAAUAAAGACCCAAAACCGCGUCCAAUCCUCAGACCCGCUUCAAGCCACCGAGCACAGAGCUCAGAUCAGCAGACCUCAUCGAGCACCUUGAAGACCAACCUUGAUCCAGUUUGUGGCCCAUCACCUCGUGUGGGAGAUGUGCAAGAGGUGUUGCACGGAGCAUCCAGCCGUUCUGGGCCUAUACGAGUAACAAAAGCACCGAAGAAGGUACGACCUAUGCAUAUUGCUCACUCAAGGGCAUCAGCCGCCAUUGGAAACAGUCAAGCGCUUUCUGGGAUGACCACUCUAGACAUGGCGCUGGACACUCUUCGGACCGCUUGCCUCGCUGACCAGUACCGAAUCGAGGAUCAGAUGACGUCUACAAUGAAUGACUUGAAAGAAGAGAAGAAGCAGCUUCAGAGUACGAUAUCGGAGCAACUGACGACAAUUACUGGACUGCAGGUCAAGCUGAACAUGGCAGACGAUCGCUUGGCACAACUGACCGAGAACGUGAAAUCAAAGCAGAAAUACGUUGCAGGCCUCCAGAAAGAUCACGAGAAAUUGCAGAAGUCUGCGGUCGCCUCCCAAGAGCACACCAGGAAGACCUUGCAAGACCAAAUCGACGAAGUUGUGAAAGAGAAGGCGAUAUUACAAGGCGAACUCGAGAUGAUGAUCGACUCGUUGUCCAAGGGUCAAAAAGGGAUGCUGAAGACAAUGAAGGAGACACAUAUGCAUUACGUGAUGGCAUUGUCAAGGGAGAAGGACUUGAAGGAUCGACUCGACGAGCGGGCACGCAUGUACGAGGAGGAAAAGAGCAGGCGAGUCGAGUUCGAGAAGCAGCUCCUACCAGCUCUCCAGGGCGUACAGCGUCAGUUGAGCGAAAACUCUACCGCCCUCGUCGACAAGUUGAGCAGCCUUCAGACGAGUCUGGGGCUUCGCAAGACUGAGGACAGCAAUGAUUGUAGCAUCAAGGACUGCUUACAGAUCCUGCAGAAGCUGGAGUCAUUACCCCUCUUGACUGCCAAUGAUGUUCGGAAAGCCGAAGACAUGCUGCGCUUCCUUCACGAGCGCACAGAUGCAGGUUUCGAACUCCUGGCUAAGACUUCCGAGAGCAAGCUUUUCCCGAUUGAGGAUGUUCAGCAAUGUAUGCGCGACCAGAUUCAAGGCUUGCAGACGGAGAUUCUACGACACGACCAGGCGAUAGCGGACGGUCAGCUGGCCUAUGAGACCAACCAGUGGCUCAGAACGGAGCUUGAUACCCAGAAACAGGAUCACCAACGGCUGGAGGAACAGGCAAGCUUACUUCGACAAUCCGAGGUGGCUCUCAAGACGCGCGUCACACAAUUGGAGAAUGAAAGGGACGAAUUACAAGCUACUGUUCGAGGACAUGAGACGCAGCCACGGGAAGCCGAGCUGAAGGUGAUGCAGCUGCAAGACCAAUUGUCCCGGACCGAGAACGACUUGCUGCUGGCAAAUGAUACUGCUAAGCAGCAAGAACGUCUACGUUUGGAACAGGAGCGAGAGUUCUGUAAUUACAGAGUAGAUGCUGUGGUUCACCUUACCGGUCGCAGGAAGCAGAUACAAGAAAUGACCGACCAGGGCCAGGCCAAAGACCGCGAGUGCAAUGCCUUACAGCAAGAUGCAGCAAACCUGAAGAUCAAGCUGGAGUCUGCACAGUCCCACAAUGAUCAGCUGGCCAUUGAGGUCUCCCAGUACAAGUCUACGAUUGAAACACUCCGCCAGGAGACAAACAAGGCGACCGAGAAGGAGGGCGCAGCUCGGGCCUUGCUUCAAUCCGCAGAAGAGAUAAAGCUUCAGCUCGAAGCAGAAAACGAACAGCUUUCCGCCACCAUUGAACAGGUUCGCAUAAGUUUGCGUGAAUCGAAGAGUUCUGAGACGAGGCUUAUCGCACAACGCUUCGACCUGCGACGACAACUUGGGGAGCUCCAAGAUGCGAAAAGUGCCAGCGACGAGCAACUACAGCAAGCACAGCACGACAUGGCGGCCAGAUUGCAGCGGGCGGAGAUAGACCACACUACGGAGCUCGAAAACCUGCAAUCUCGCCUCAAUCUCUCCGAAAAUGCCCGUAAGGAGUCUCAAGCCAAGUUGCGACAGACCGAAGCAGCGCACAAGCACCAAAUCGAGUGCCACGAGCAGAAGUUCAACGCAAGGUUUGAGGAUCUGGCUUCCCAGUCACAGCAAGAACAGGAGAAGCUCAAGGCCCAGCACUCGCAAGAAAUGCAAAUCUGUGCGCAGGAAGUUAACACUAUGAUCGCCGAGAUGGAACUGGAGACGGAAAAACGACAGAAAGAAGCCGGGACGCUCACUAGCAAGACUCUCGUCCCCAAUACGCAGCAGUCGAUUGAGCAUGGCGGGCCCUCCACCUCGUCACAACAGUUACGGACAGGCAAGAUCCGCAAGGCGGAUGGACAGAUCAACUCGGUAGUGGAAGUGGUACCAUCGAGCAAUCGUCGGCUGAACACUGAUGAAUCUGAAUCUGUUACUGACAGACUCAGCUCUACUCACAACCGUCGUGAAGGCCCCGAGAAUCAAGCUGGCUACUUCGAGGAAGAGUAUCAGAACAGGUUCGGCCCUCAAGCGCCGCUCCAUGACCAAAGAACGCAACUCUCGUUGGUGGAUCCUAACGCUGAGGUCGUUCCCGAGACCCAAGAGUUUGAGUACGCCCAGGGAGUCGCUGCACAAUUCGAGAUGAUAGAGUCGCAGGUAUCUGUGGGCGACAAUCUUGAUCAAGAAGAGACCCUGACGGAUCUGUCUACCAUGCCUUCAGAAGAUCUAUCGGAGAUGCUGCUCGAUAUCCGACCGACACCUGGACGAGAUCGGGUCACUCUUAGGCACUCAUCGUCCCCCAAGGACACGAUACAGACGCCUGGACGGCCAGUACACGAGUCUACUUCGGACACUUCAUCAACACAUUCGCAAGGUCGACCCAAGUCUCGAGCGAACACAGCAUCUCGAAUGAUGCCACUGCCCGCCCAAGAUAUGCAACGACAGAGCAUCCAAGCUCAUGGAAGUUCUCAACAUCUGGUGCACGCACAAGCUGAUCGAAGCCUCAGAGCGGACAACGAUUCUCCGGACUUCAUGCAUGCGAACAAUGCAGCAUCAAAGCGUACAUACGCUCAACGCGCCUCUGUGCAGGACGUCACGCGGACUAGUGACACUCCUCCUCCUCCUCCUCCUCCUCCUCAGAAGCGAAAGUCUGCCAGCGGUGUUGAAGAUGGUCCUUUCAAGAAGCUCCGUACACCUGCCCAGUCCUUCGCACAGCGUCCAGCUUCGAUAUCCAAGAGUUAUGCGCCAUAUACGCCAGCACGAACCGGUGCGGUCACUUACGCUGAUGUCAACCCUAGCCCUUCCAGCGCUACAGGGCGCCGCUCGAGCAACCGGCAGUCGUCGAUGGCUGGCUCCCAGACUGGUACCCCUCGGCUCUCUUCCACUCGUAACACGCGAAGCAAGACCAACCGGUAUGCGGAUCGAUUUGGGCAGGAGCUUGAUAGGCGUUGA